AUGUUUACACCUUCAGGACGUUUCACACUGCCCCACCCCUCCCUGCUGCUAAGCCCUGGACAACCCGAGACCGACUGGCUCAGCCGUCUGGAUGGGUGCGUGGCCUGCAUCCGCGAGGCUGGUCUCUUUUUCAGCCACGCAGGCAGGCAUCAGUCGAAGUGUUGCUAUAGUGACUGCUUUUUGAUGAAGACUGACCGCCUUACCUUUGAAAAAGCCUAUGAGAAUCUACAGACUAUCAAACCUGGAGCUAAGAUGAAUGAGGGGUUUGAAUAUCAACUGGAAUCAUACCAGGCAAUGGGAUAUGAAGUGGGUGCCUCCAGUGCGAUUUAUAAGCAAUAUCGCUUACAAAAGUUCACAGACAAGUAUCCAGAACUGCACAAUCUACCUCAAGAACUCUUUGCUGUUGAUCCAACUACCAUUUCACAAGGAUUAAAAGAUGAAGUUCUCUACAAAUGUAGAACAUGCAGGCGAUCCUUAUUUCGAAGUUCUAGCAUUUUGGAUCAUAACCAAGGAAGCAGGCCUCUAGCCUUUGCCCACAAGAGAAUGACACCCUCUUUCCUGCUUGCCACAGGGAAUCGGGCUCAAUGUACAUCUUAUUUCAUUGAACCUGUACAGUGGAUGGAAUCCACUUUGUUGGGAGUGAUGGACGGGCAGGUGAGAACACACUUUAUUUUCUAUAGUUUCAUUGUAUCAUUUAUAUUGUGUUCAUUUUGGCAUUUUUAGCCAGAUUUUAACCAGUGUUUUACUUCCUCUUAAUGCCUUUCUUUCUGAACAUUAUACCUUU